UCGUCGUCGAAACAAAGCAAGGCAAAAUUAUUUAAUAAUAUCAGUGCGGUCCACUGAUCUCCGCCGUGCUGUUCGAUACGAGCAAAAGUGGGAUUAGUCAUCUCACGCACUGAGGGGAAUACCCCCAUCAGAGAUUUUGAAGUGUCUGAAAACAGUGAUUCGCGAUAAAAAAAACUGAUUAGUCCUAAGAUUGUCAAGAAAACGACCGAGAGAGUGACAGGUUUCAGCCGAAGAAAAUUUAUUCUACUCGAGGCUUAGUCAGAUUUUCUUAACUACCAUCAGUAGUUAGAUUCGCAGUCAACAAGUGCUGCAACAUCAUGGAUAUCUUCAUUCCGAUCGUAAUAUUUUUCGUGCUAUUCAUCUUCUUCACGCUGUGCGGGAUGUGCUGCAAGCGACGGCGAGACCAGGGUGCCGUGAUAGCCACCCCGGUUGUGAUCACGUCCACCCAGCACCAUGUGGGCCCGUAUCCGGUUCAUGUUCACAAUACGACUGCGCCCCCACCGGCCGGAGUCGUCAUGCAACAUCAUAACUCCGGAAUGGGAGUCUACCCGAUGCCACCGGCACAAGGCAUGCAGCAGCCGUUGUCAGGCUACAACCAGGCUCCUGGCGGCUACCCUCCGCAGCCAUAUCCACCCCAGCAGCAGCAGCAGCAGCAGCAUCAGCCAUCGCAUAUGCCAAUGCCCAUGCCGAUGCCCAUGCCGAGCACGGCUCCCCCUAGCGUAGCUGCCCAAGCGAUGAUGAAUCCCCCGAGCUACGAUUCGGUCGUAACGGAUAACUACGCCAAACAGGCACCGUACAAUCCGCACUUUAGCGGACAGUAACCAAACGCGGCUCAUGUGCUCGAUCAGACGACGAUUUGCUAGUCAAAUCCCCACUAUCUAGCUGGAUUAUGACCUCAUUUUUCCUAUAUUUUCGUAAAUUACCUGAUCAAAAACAUUUUUUUUUUAAAUCACUACUUCAUAGUCAGAUUAUGUUUAAUUCAUUAAGGCCAUAUAAUCGUAUGCUAAGACGAGAUUAGUCAUACAUUCGAUGUUAAUAAAGUUGAAACAAUACUUAUGGGACGAUGGAUACAUGUUGUGAAACACGGACUUGGUGAAUCAAGAACGGUGAACUUCAUUCCGUUGAGGGGUGAGCUAAAUGGCAAUCGAAGAGCUAGGACUGAGAUAUUGAGAGGGAACAAGAAAUAAGCGCGACAUACCUACCUACUAUAUACAUUAAUAUAGAAACGUUAUUCAUAUUUCAACAGCCAGAAAGGCACUUUGCAGGGGUAGAUCCCCUGUAGCCAACCGAAAGAAAGAGUUUUAAUUUGUUUAUGUGCGGUUAAUUGCAAUUCCAUAUUAAAUCAAUAAUCUACAAUAUAAGUGCAUCGAUGGAUUAAUGUACAUAGAGACAACGAUUGAGCCGGACGCGAACCGGAAUCGAUUUUAUUUGGUACCUACUUCAUGCACUUCAUGUAUCUUACACUCAUUAUGCAAAUAUACUGUUCUUUUCUUUUGAUAAA